AUGCCUCUGUCGGUGGAAGUGAAGGAUCCUUCCAUUGCGACGGUCGCCAACGUCCACGUGAUCAACGACCCGACCUUCUUGCAAACGGACUCGGUCGCCUUGUCGUUUGAACUUUUCGUCAGACUCUUCCCCAAUACCCAGAAAGAUGUACCUAUAGACGAUAAGGAGCCCAAGUUUGUACUUAUAAAGUUUAUUGGUGUUCCUGAUUACUUUAACGAGUUUGUGGUUUACCGGGUCACUCUUAUAGAUAACGACUCGCCUACGUCAUCUUCGGUGACGAUCACCAACCACUCGAAUUUGGUGAAAUUUGGUAAUAAUAUUACUGUUAACGGAUGUGUCAUUCAAUCGAUUGACUCUGCUUCUAUCCCGCUGCUUUCUAAGGCGUACGUGGAGGUUCCUGAUGGAAUUUUUCACGUGUUGCAGAAUACUCCUUCUCUGACGGUGAAGGAGAACUUUGUCAACCAAUGGGCUGCUAGCAGUGCUUCGGUGGUUUCCAUCAACAGCUCGAUUAGAGAGAUCAACGGUACAGUCAAACUCUGUGAGCCGUUCUUCCAGGGUAAAGUUGAUUCUAACACUGAGCUCAUCUUUGUCAAGAGACCCCACGAGAACGCUCCUGCUGUGGUCGAGGAGGUUUCAGACGAUGAAGUUGAUGAGGAUCUCGACUUUGACGUGUCCCAAUACCUCUCGAGAAGUAUGCAUUUGAACGCAGACGAAGCUGUUUCAUCGUCUUAUCCAUUGAAGGCUCGCCCAUUGCCAGAAAGGAUCUCCAUCAAUGAUCUUCCGUCUUUCUUUGCUCGUGAAGACUCUGACUUGUACGCUUACCUUAGUACGGAUGAUCUUUCCAGAAUUGGGUUCCCGCUUUUUAAUGGUGACCUUGCAUCACUUUCAGUGGGUGAUCUCGAAACAAAAAUCAAGGUCUUUACUGUCUUGGAACCCAACAAGUCGUUCCAGCCAGGUACCAUCUAUUUAUCCCCAUUGCUUUUGGUGAACCUUGAUGUUGACGAAGACACCAAAGUCACGUUGAAGCCAAUUCAAUCCAAGAACAAUACCUUUACUGAUGCAUUUCCAAUCGCCAAGACGGCCACUAUUUCAAGAAUUGCAUCCCCAAUCACCACUGAUAGAACCUACCAGCAAAGCUUCCUUUCUGAGCUCAAGAAUAAAUUCCAUUCAUGUGUCAAGGUGGUUCGUCGGGGUGACGUAAUUCCAGUUUGCAUCGACACUGUCCUUGCUAAGACCAUCUUCGAUGUUUCUACUCAACAGCAGCUGCAACAAAACCAAAACGGUCAUAACGAGGAAGAAGGUUCGGGCCUUCCUCCUGUUCCUCUCUCCGGAAACCCUGACGCCGUCGCAUGGUUCAAGGUUCUCGAGGUAAAUGGUGAAGAUGACGAAGAUAUCCAAGGCCAAUACCGUAUUGAUCCAAACCAAACUGCGCUUACUUCCUCAGGCGUGGAGUUCUUGAGGGCUCCUAAGAAUGCAUUCACAGACUUCCUGACAUACCUACAGCUUCCGCCUAUCUUUGACUUUGCAAAGGCUAUCGAAAAUGCUCCAUCCCACUUCAAGUAUGCAGAAGAGUUUCAAAGAAUCUUGCAGACAACUGUGGAUUCCAAGACCAACAUUCGUCUAAAGACAACGAUAUUGUUGAACUCUAUGUCGAGAGGUCUUGGUAAAACCACCAUGGUGAGAAGUUUUGCUCAGAGCAUGGGUCUCAAUCUUAUCGAGCUAGAUGCAUUUGACUUCGUGAAGCCUGGUGCUGAAUUGAAGUCUGUGGGUCUUUUAUCUGGACGUAUCGAGAAGUACCUCAAUGGCCAGCUAGAGGCAGCCAAUUCCAACUGCUUCCAUAUCCUUUACAUCAAGCAUAUUGAGAACUUGUGUGUUCAGACAGACCCUAACGAACAACGUGCAAGCAGCUCCACUUCACUUUCAUUGAGAGUGGUUCAAACACUCAAGGAAUUCUUGGACAAAUACGAGAACAUGGCUCUUGUGGCCAGUUGUAAUGACAUUGACAAGUUGAGUGAAAGCUUUACUCAAAUUGUGAAAUUCCAGAUUGAUGUUACUGUCCCAGAUGAACAAGAAAGACGUCAAAUUUUUGCAUACCUUCUUGACAAGGAGACGAAGGCUUUUAACAACGAGGCAUUGCCACAAGCAUUUGAAGAUAAGGUGGAGUUCGAAGGCCGUCUCGACAUCUUUAGCUUGAAGUAUGCCAAGCGUUCUGAUGUGAGCUACCAAUCUUUGGCAUUACUGUCUGCUGGUUUGACCCCUAGAGACUUGGGCUCCAUUGUUAGAAAGUCUAAACAACUUGCUAUCAAAAGACUCAUGGCUCAAGCUAAGGACGUUGGCAUUGCCUUCGAGAAAAUUGUGAAGAUUGCCAACGGUGGUCUUGUACAACUCACUCCAGAAGACUUUGACAAGGCUAUCAAUGAUGCCAGAAACCAAUUUAGUGACUCGAUUGGUGCACCAAGAAUUCCUAACGUCAAAUGGGAAGAUAUUGGUGGUUUGGAUACCGUCAAGGGUGAGAUUUUGGAUACUAUUGAUAUGCCAUUGAAGCACCCAGAACUCUUCAGCAAUGGACUUAAAAAGAGAAGUGGUAUCUUGUUCUACGGUCCUCCUGGUACUGGUAAGACUUUGUUGGCCAAGGCCAUUGCUACUAAUUUCUCGUUGAACUUUUUCAGUGUUAAAGGUCCAGAAUUGUUGAAUAUGUACAUUGGUGAAUCCGAAGCAAACGUCCGUCGUGUUUUCCAAAAAGCCAGAGAUGCCAAACCGUGUGUUAUCUUCUUUGAUGAGUUGGAUUCCGUCGCACCAAAGAGAGGUAACCAGGGUGACUCUGGUGGUGUCAUGGACAGAAUUGUGUCGCAACUUUUGGCUGAGCUUGAUGGUAUGAGCGGCGGUGAGAGCAACGGAGACGGUGUCUUUGUUGUCGGUGCAACUAAUAGACCCGAUUUAUUGGACGAGGCUCUUUUGAGACCUGGUAGAUUCGAUAAAAUGUUGUACUUGGGUAUCUCUGACACGGACGAUAAACAGACCAAGAUCUUGGAGGCAUUGACUAGAAAGUUCAAGCUCAGUGACGAGGUUGACUUGGCCAGCAUUGCCGAAAAAUGUUCAUUCACAUUGACAGGUGCCGAUUUCUAUGCGUUGUGCAGUGAUUCUAUGUUGAAUGCUAUGACUAGAACUGCCAACGAGGUUGAUGCAAAGCUCAAGACGUUCAAUGAGCAGCGUAUUGCUGAAGGCAAAGAAGAAGUCUCAAGCAGAUGGUGGUUCGAUAAUGUCGCCACGCCGGCAGACAUUAAUGUGCUAGUGACGAUGCAAGAUUUCGAGAAGUCGCUCAGCGAGUUGGUACCUUCUGUGAGUGCCGACGAGCUUAAUCACUACUUGAGAGUGAAGGAGAACUUCGAGGGUGGCAAAAAGAAGGCGCAACAGAACGAUGGACAAGCUGAUGCUGAACAGCAACAAGACGGAAUUCCCCAGCAGUUGAUCGAGGAAUUGCGUGCCAAUGGCCACGACGUUGCUGGUUUGGAGAACGGGACCGUGACGAUCAACGGCAACGGUAACGGCAAUGGCAACGGCCAUUCAUAA